AUGGAGCUUCAAAUGUUUGCCGCUAGGAAGCGAAGAUUCGCUACGUCCACGAGUGACGUACGUCAAAUGUUUGGUUCGUUCAGCACCGAGCUUGACGAGGACUGCGAUUACGUCGAGGCAAUCGCUGAAAAGCGAGCAACCAUCAACAGCAUCGCGGCUGGGCUAGACUCUCCCGAUAUGCAAAGAGCUCUGCGUCUGAACGAGGAGAUGAUAGACCACCGCCUGGAGUACGACAACAUGUUGAGCAUUAUAUCUGAUCGUCCCGCACACAAAGGGAGGAAUGGCAUAAGCGGGCUGUGGGAGGAGCUUUACGAACGGUCACCGAGGACGACGUGGCAGACGUCGCUUCAGACGCAGACGCAGAGGAUGCGACGAACUAGCAUGCGACAACAGCACUUCCCCCCUAUGUUUAUCAACAGAACUAUCAGCACUUUCCCCUAA